ACAUAUAUCUCUCACUACUCCCUCUCUCUCUCUCUCUAAAAAGUUUCAGCAACCAAACGCCGAUCAUCAUCUAUUUCUCUGUGAGUCCUUUUCUCUCUUCAGAUUGAAUCUCCUUCAAUCAAUUUUCAUUGCGGUUCUCUCUUUCUGUUGUUGUUGUUAUUAUUAUUGUUUCUUUCUUUUCUUGAAUUACUUAAUUGUGUUUCUUGGUAUUCGCCAUUGAUAUACAUGGGCUGUACUGUGAGAGAGAAGCAUAUUCGUACGAACCGGAGGUCAAGAUCUGUAAAACCGGAAAGUGAUCCUUGUUGUUUAUUGGACAAAGCAUCCAUUUCGAAAUCGAUACUUGAAUCGGGUCUAAUCAAACCAUUGAGUAAUAACCAAAUGGGUUCUAAUGAUUCUGCCAACCAAAGCCCUAAUAUUCCCAAUCUUAAUGCUAUCCCCAACUCCAACUAUGAUGAUAGUGGGUGGGGGUACUGUACAGAGGAACAAUUGGAGGAAAUUUUGUUGAAAAACUUGGAUUUUUUGUAUAAUGAAGCUAUUUCUAGGCUUGUUGCGUUGGGUUAUGGUGAGGAUGUUGCGCAUAAAGCCAUUUUGCGAAAUGGGCAUUGCUAUGGAGGCAUGGAUGUUUUGACCAAUAUUCUACAUAACUCGUUGGCUUAUUUGAAUAGUAGUUGUGAUAGUAGUAAUGGGAAUUCUUCAGAUGAGUCUGAACCCGCAUUUGCUGAUUUGAGGCAGUUGGAGGAGUAUUCUCUUGCGGGUAUGGUGUGUUUGUUGCAACAGGUUAGGCCUCAUUUGAGUAAAGGAGAUGCCAUGUGGUGUUUGCUAAUGAGUGAUCUUCAUGUAGGUCGUGCGAGUACUAUGGACAUUCCUGUUCUCCCUUCGUCUGGUAAUGGUGGUGCUGCUGCUUCUGGUGCUGCCGACAAUGUUAAUAAUGGUAGCAAUUCAGUUGGUGUUGUGACACCCGCACUUUGUAGGUUCCAUAGUGGCUGGGGUUUCGGAAGUGGUGGAGGUCCUGAGUCUCCAAUUCAUGGCUUUUUUUCUUAUGGUGGCGAUGUCACUUUGCAAAGAGAAAUUGAGUGUCCAAAAAGGUUUAACCUUUCUCCUUCAAUGAAGUCGUUGUUGAAAAGGAAUGUUGCAUUGUUUGCAGCUGGGUUCCGUGCAAAUUCCAAACAGUUUCAGCCACAAGCAGAAGCUUGCGGGAAUACAUUGGUUGAAUCAGGUCCCGAAGUUUCUGCUAAGCAGUGCGAGGAGCCUCGUAAUACAAAGAACCAGGAAGCUGUUAACUCAGUAUUAAGCAAAUUCCGUGAUCUCAAACUUGAUGAGUAUUCAGAGUUAGUGGCUGAGGAUCAUACGGAUGAGAUGAUAGUUACUCUGCUUCAUCAGAUCAAAGAUCUUGAGAAACAAGUGAAGGAGAGGAAGGAGUGGGCUCACCAAAAAGCUAUGCAAGCUGCAAGAAAGCUGAGUAAUGAUCUGAGAGAACUCAAGCUGUUAAGAAUGGAAAGGGAGGAGACUCAGAGAUUGAAGAAAGGAAAACAAACUCUUGAGGACACAACAAUGAAGAAACUUUCGGAGAUGGAGAAUGCUUUGAGGAAAGCUAGUGGUCAAGUAGACCGAGCAAAUGCUGCUGUGAAACGUCUUGAGAAUGAGAACGCAGAAAUAAGAGCAGAGAUGGAGGCUUCAAAAUUAAGUGCUUCAGAGUCAGUUACUACUUGUUUGGAGCUCGCAAAGAAAGAGAAAAAGUGCUUGAAGAGGCUUUUGGCUUGGGAAAAACAAAAAUCCAAGCUGCAAGAGGAUAUAAAAAAUGAAAAAGAGAAGAUUUUAGAGGUACAGCAAACUUUGUCUCGAAUCAAGCAAAGUCAAAGGGAAACUGAGUUGAAGUGGAGACAGGAGGUGAAGGAUAAAGAGCUCGUCUCUGCACAAUUUGAAGAGGAAAGACGCUUGAAAGAAGCAGCUGAGACUAGUAGCAAAAGAAAGCUUGAGGCUUUGCACCUGAAGAUAGAGAUAGAUUUCCAGCGUCACAAGGAUGAUCUCCAAAGGCUUGAACAGGAACUUUUGCGUUUAAAAAUGUUAUCUCAGUAUACUGAGUUGCAUCAACCAUCAAAUAAGUUAGCCGCUGGGAACUUCGAAGGGAUCAAACCCCAAGGAGAGGCAAUUGCCAAGCUGCUUCGUGAAUCAGAUAAUGUAGAUGGUUCUUCAGAGAAAGAAGUAAACUCUGAUAGGAAAUGCAUAGUCUGUUCUAAUGAUGAAGUUUCAGUUGUUUUCUUGCCAUGCACUCAUCAAGUUAUGUGUGCUAGCUGCAGCGAUGAUUUUGGGUUAACAGGAAAAGCUAAUUGUCCCUGUUGCCGGGUUCCAGUUGAACAGAAAAUCCGAGUUUUCGGUGCGAGUUCAUAGCUGGAGCGAACAAGUUUUGCUUAGUCAUUUUAGAGAUGGCUACCUGAUUGUGAUUUCGGUGCAUCAACAGAAUCAGUGUAAAUAAAAAGAAAGCAUUUUUCAGGAUUUUUUUUACACAGAAUAUGCCAUGUUGGUUUACCGUUGGCUUGAUGAUUUGUAACAUAAGCUAAUGGUUUUUUUUCCUGGAAAUAAGCCAAUGGACCUUUAUUUCAUAUAUGUUUUGUAAAAACAUUUGAGCCACAUGAUACAUUAAUGUAGGUCUCUCUUCAGUU